AUGAGCAGGUACCAAAAAAUACGGAAUUCCUCAGAUGAAUCCGACGUUCACUUUGAUCGUGAUAUCGAGCUGAGUGUCAUAAAUGACAGUUCCCACAGUUCGGAGCGGGAAAACUUUUUGUUGUCUUCAUUCAACGAAGACGAGGACAUCACGAAUAAGCUUAACAAUUCUGAUGCUGAGAACCAUUUUUUCCACGAAAGUGAUGAUGAGAAUUCUCCUGAAGACACAAGACUUACGAAUAACGAAGAUGAUGCGAAUUUGAGCUUUCAGGAAGCUCUUUUUGCGGGAGAGAUUGAUGAAGGAUCGUCACGCGCAAACAACACUGUCAAUUCGCCCGCAACCAUUAGUACGAAUACACGUCCGAACCUGUUUCAGAGGCUGGGAGAGAGUGUACGCUCGUCUCCAACGUUUUCGCGGUUUUUUGCUCGUGAUGCAGUGAGAUACCAUGGCCAGGUGAUGGGGCAGGGGUCUGAGAACGACGGAGUUUUCAACAACUUAGUGGCCAAACCGGAGGUUCAGGCUCAAGACGAAGAAAAUCUGCCCACAUACGAAGAGGCAGCGUUGGAUGCGACGCCUCCAUACUGGGAGUCUUCAGUUAUGGCGUCUGGAUACGAAGACGAGAUUUUUGUUGAUGGUUUACCCGUAGGGAACCUAAUCAACUUCAUAUGGAACAUGAUGGUUUCGGUAGCUUUCCAGUUUAUCGGGUUUGUGGUGACUUAUCUGUUGCACACGUCUCACGCUGCCAAGGAGGGAUCCAGAGCGGGUUUGGGAAUCACGCUGAUGACUUAUGGGUACAACAUAAUACCCUACGGUUACGGUAGUGGCGACAUCUCCGACGAGGAGAGGUUUGAGCCUUCAGCACCGAACGAUUACGAUAUCAACUCAUCAAACAUUUUAACGGGUUCGAUAGAUGAGUUCACGAGCAGCUUGAACGGGGUGGCUACGGCGUCGUCCUCCGAGGCAACGUCCACUGGCGCUUCCAGUCUAAGCGCUUCAAGCCUUUCAGAUACCCCAAUACUUGCAUAUGGCUUGAUAGCGCUGGGGCUUUUCAUGGUUAUCAAGGCCAUUAUUGAUUAUCACAGGGCCAGGCGCAUGGAGAGAAUAAUUCUACACCCUCCCUCGAACUACACUCCUCCUAUGCCGGAGACGGUGUGA